AUGUCUUGGCCUGUUGAUCCAUUUCGUCCAAAUAUACAACUCAAGAACUUCUUGAAAUCCCUCUCUGCGCAUCCCAAGCUAAGCUCUGAGGCUGUUCAAGCAGCACAGCUACUGCGGGACAACGCCAUACAGAAGCGGUACGCACUGUCAGCAAAAACACUUCAGCCGGCUUCUAUGCCAAGGCACUAUGAACGGCUUGUGGAAGGGUAUGAAAGAAGUGCAACAGGUGCUGGGAGACCUUGGUGGAAGGUCUUCUUUGGAGUAUGGAAAUAA